GUCACGUGACUACUGAACUCAAAAGAAACAGAGAGGGAGAGAAAAGGAGAGAGGGAGUUGAGGGGAGGAAAAAGUGGGGAAAAGUAAGAAAAAGUGGGGAAUACACAGGCUCGCUGGAAAUUGGGGGUUAGGUGUAAUGGUAUUAGAAAAUGGCAAGGGAAUAGGGGGUAUAUUUAGCGGCAAACGUGGUAGUUGGGAGGGCAGAACAAGGGUGUUGAUUCGCGGACAAACCGCUCGGUCUUCAGACUUGUGACCAAUACGAGAGCUGGGCGAGCAGGGAACGAAAUCGAGCUCACCCGACUAUAAAGGACCGAUGUACGUUGCUUACUCCCAAUGGUGCAAGGGUAGUGUCUGCUUUAUAGCGACUUAGAGGAGUUCGGCUCGCAUUAUUCGCUGGAUCCACACCUCCCAACUUCUUAACAGCCUUUUGGGCAUCGAUUCAUCAACUUUAGUCCGGGGGAACACCAAGUGCAAUAUUUUCUUUAUGGGUCAAACCAACUCGGUACAGCUUUAUUUUCUCGUGAUCAAUCAUCGAAUUUGUAAGAAGGAAAGAGAACAUCAUCAAAUUAUCUCUAAAGUUUGUUAAGAUGUUAUAAUUCAUUCUACAAACAAGCGUUUUGUGUCUACCAAGUGCAAUAUACUUCAUCACAGGGAGACGUUGUGAUUCAUAAGAUUUGUAAAGAACCUGGUCUAGAAAUUGUAUUUAUUUCUGAGUGGAUGAGACUUGAUUUGAACUUGUCGGAUUUGUCUUGCCUCAUUAAGAUGUCUCGGUCAUUUUACGUCGAUUCUUUGAUCCUGAACCGCACCCCACCUCUAACUCCAACCAACGGUACUGAUCAUCCUCGGACACCAGUUUCGAUUCAUCAUCAUUCCAGGACAUCACCAGAUACCAAAUCGGCCACUAUCUUCAGACCCCACACCGACCCCCUCUCACCCCCAUGUCCGCUCUGUGUCCGUGACCAUGUGGCUGCGGCAACGCAUCCCUGUCACCCGCGUCUUCCACCACUCACCACAUCUCUUCCAUCGCUCUUCAAGUCACCGCUACCACUCCCAGGACCACACCCUACAUCGGGACACCACCCUCACCACCACCACCACCACUCUAGCGCCACUCGGUCUUUUCUAGAGGCAUACCAAGAAGCGCACCUCCGGCAGGGAUCGUUACCCCUUUCACCGGCGCGUCUCUCACCCCAUCACACACCUGUUUCAUCACACCAUGAACCGUUUAGAAACUCACCAGACCCCAGGAGAAUCCAUUUUCUACCAGUCGGUUCUGACCGUCACCAGACCGAUGAACAAAUCCGUGAGAGUAGCAAGAGGAUAAGGACGGCAUUCACGAGCACGCAACUUCUCGAACUCGAGCGGGAGUUCGCGGCCAACAUGUACCUCUCUCGACUACGACGAAUCGAGAUCGCCACCUACCUCAAUCUCUCAGAGAAACAGGUCAAAAUCUGGUUUCAGAACAGGAGGGUCAAGUACAAGAAAGAGGGUAAAGGUCACCCGGGUUCACCUCAGUCACAUGACUGCAAGUGCCAUCACCAAGUGACGUCAUCACGUAGCAACGGUCACGGGCGACAUCAUUCGACGUCCUCAUCGAUCGUGGAGACAUCGACGACAAUGAUCUCGCCAAGCGAUGACGAAGAAAAACUGUCGUCUGAGGACACCGCUGAUAACUGAAACCCGUGAUCGAUCACCGUCAUCUACAAUCGUUGUUUUUCUCUGUCUGAUAUCGUCUUCUUCUAAAUAAACAACUCAAAUUCCCUUCUUCUGACUGUCAUUUUUUAAAACUCGGCCUACAAUU